CCAUGCAAGACCGCGUUGCCCUGUGAACUCACAGUGAGGGGCAUUAAGACUUACAUUGUCAUGGAUGGGCAGCUGUCUGAUCUUCUUGGAGAACUGAAGAAGGAGUGCCCAGUGUUUCACAUACAUGGGUCCCAGGUGGAGGUGCUGUCGGAGCCGGCCGAGUUCUACCAGUUCCUGGUGGAUGGGUGCCGGCGGGCGCGGCGCCGCAUCGUCCUCUCAUCCCUGUAUCUGGGCAAUGGCCCGCUCUCGCUUGCGCUGGUGGCUUCGCUGUCGGAGUCGCUGGAGUCCCGUCCGGAGCUGGAGGCGCACGUGCUGCUGGACUGCCUGCGCUGGGAGCCGGGGCGACGCCAAGCGUUCUCCCAGCUCACGGCACCUGCUGCUGCCGCUGGUGCAGCGUUUCGAGCGUCGCUGCCAGGUGGCGCUGUGGCGCUGUACCACACACCGACGCUCCGCUCCUUCCUCAAGUGGCUGCUGCCAGCCCGCUGGGAUGAGGUGGUCGGUCUGCAGCACAUGAAGGUGUACAUCUUCGACGACGACCUGGUCAUCAGCGGAGCCAAUCUCAACGACGACUACUUCGCCGAGCGGCAGGACCGCUACAUUGUCUUCCGCGGCGCGGCGACGCUGGCCGACUUCUACUGCGAACUGGUGGCCGCCGUCUCCCGCUUCAGCUUUCAGCUGAGCUCGCGCGACACGCUGCAGCUGCACCGGUCGUGGCCGGUGCACCCGUACCAGGGCGACCUGGACGAGUUCACGGCGCGGGCCCGGGCCGAGCUGGAGCGGCUGCUGGAGCGCUGGCGCAGCCACCGGCCGCCGCCGCCGUCGCCGUCCGGCGGCGAUACCUGGGUCAUGCCCACUGUCAACCUGGCGCCGGUUGGCGUCCAUCUGGACGACAGCGUGACGCGGCGCCUGCUCACGGGGGACCUUCUGCGAGGCGACACCUACCUGGCCACCGGCUAUUUCAACCUGACAGACGCCAACAUGGCGGCGCUGACGGCCGGCCGGCGGCGACCCGUCGCCGUCCUCUGCGCUCACCCCACGGCCAACGGCUUCCUGCGCGCCCGGGACCUGUCCGGCUACAUCCCGGCCGCCUACACGUACCUGCUGCAGCGCUUCCACCGGGCGCUCGGCCGACAGAGUGGCGUCACUCUUCACGAGUAUCAGCGGCCGGGAUGGACGUUCCACAGCAAGGGCCUCUGGUGUCACGCGGCGGGCGAGGACACGCCCUCCGCCACCGUGAUCGGAUCGUCCAACUUCGGCUACCGCUCCACCUACCGCGACCUGGAGUCGCAGGUCGUCAUGGUAACGCGGCACGAACCGCUGCGACUUGCCCUGGCGGAGGAGCGCCGCAAGCUCUUCCUUCACUCCACACCAGUAGAUGGCAGCACAUUCGCGCGGCCCGACCGCCUCGUGCCGCUCUGGGUCCGAUUCGUCAGCCGAUUGAUCCGUCAUUUCUUCUAGUCGCGCGUUGGCCGUCUCGCCGGCACCGCUUGCACGUGACCGGCCGCUGCGGGCCACAGUUCGGGUCAGCUGUCCGCCGGCCACACGGACGCGUGGCGGUGCUGUGGGUCAGCCUUGCCGCGAGCUGGGCGUGGCUGCGUCGGUCUGCGAGGGCGCCGGCUGGGGGCUGUAUGUGUGGGGGUUUGGUGGUGACGGGCUGUGUGGACAGCUCCAGUUCGUACUUUUGUAGACCGCUUAGCGAUAUUGCGUGAUGGACCGAGAGAUAGGCGGUGUAUGUGUCUGGUGCAAUGUCAGGGACAUCUCCACAUUUCGGAGCAUACCCCGCAUUACUGCUCUGGAAAGCGGCAUGGAACUGAAUGGUGUGAUUAGAGGCACAGAUGCUGCAGCCUUCGACCUCGUAUAACUACUAUUAUUCUCCACCCACCCCCUCCUCCCCAGUGAAGCACAGCCCGUGUGAUCGCAACGUCCGCAACAAUACGCUUCCAGCAGCAGUGCGACGAUUGCUCAGUCCGGCUGUGUUUUUGCUAAGUAGCGUUAGGCCCCAAGUACUGUAUAAGACUACCUCGUGUGGUGCGUUUUUGCCUUCGUACUUGGCGGGUCGCGGGAUGUGUGCGUGUGUGUGUUGGUUACGCUUCAACCGUUUGCGUUUGGUGCGGGCUCGUCACUCG